ACAGUGUACUGGCUGAUAAGAGACUUGACAACGUAUACGAUACGUUUCAUCGUCGUCGACAGAUUUUACAGAGGUGUUUCCAGUUGAUGUUCUUAUAGAAGCACAGUAACACAUCAUGGAGAACGUUGUGAUGCCGAGGGAUACUGGGAGGUUGAUUGCAGAGACAAGCAAAGAUGUCAAGGUCAAAGGUCACGGAGUACAGAAACUUGCCAAGUUGAUGUAUGAAUGUGUGAAAACAAAGACAUACACAAUUCAAAACUGGAAAAGUGACCACGAACUAAACCCAAAAGUCAUGUCCAAAGCAGAGGUAGACUGGGUUUUUGUGGCAGACACCUUAAAUUUCUCAUUUUGGUCAAUGGAUGACUCGAAGAAGUUCAAGGUGACAUACAAGGGCAAAGGGUAUACUGGUUAUUGGUCAUGGGUGGCAGCUCUCAACCGUGCACUAGAUAAUGGUAUUCCUCUGACAGACCCUAAUUACUAUGCCAGUGUUAGUAUGGAACAGCUGUGUGAUAUAUUUAAGUCGGACACAGAUUACGAUGUACCAAUGUUAGAGGAAAGAUUGCAGGUCCUGCAGGAAGCAGGCAAAGUCCUACUGAAGAAAUAUGAUGGAAGUUUUGUAAACUGUAUAGAGAAAUGUGAUAAAAGUGCUCAGGCAUUGAUGCAGCUGGUGGUCAGAGAUUUUCCAUCCUACAGAGACGAGGCAGUCUAUAACGGCAAACAAGUUGCAUUUUACAAAAGAGUACAGAUUUUGAUUGCGGACAUUUGGGCUUGUUUUGAGGGGAAAGGUUAUGGAGAGUUUCACGAUAUUGACAGCAUAACCAUGUUUGCAGAUUACAGGAUUCCACAAGCUUUGGUCUACUUUGGUGCUAUAGAAUAUUCUGAAGACCUUGCAGAAUAUAUGAAAGCAGACAAGAUGAUGGAGACUAGUGACCGGUAUGAGACAGAGAUCAGGGGUUGCAGUAUAUGGGCCACUGAGUUAGUGUGCGAGGAAGCGAAGAAGUUAUUGAAGGAGGAUGCUGAGACUAAAGAUUCUCACAUCAACUCCAUCAUCAUUGACCAUUAUCUCUGGGACUAUCGACGCGAUCAUGCAGAUGACCCAAAGAUGGCCACCAUUCCAUUCCACAAAAUACGUUGCAUAUAUUACUGAAUCAGUUUUUACUGUCAAUCUUUUUUUUUAUCUGCAAGGUCAAGGUCAGAGUGUUUCUAAAACCCAGCUUAUAAGUGCUCCAAGUGUAUAUGUUUAUAAAGGUAGAUCUGACAAGGUGACAUUCAGGCUGUUCCUAGAACCCAGCUUAUGAGUGCUCCAAGUGUAUAUGUUUAUAAACAUAGAUCUGACAAGGUGACAUUCAGGCUGUUCCUAGAACCCAGCUUAUGAGUGCUCCAAGUGUAUAUGUUUAUAAACAUAGAUCUGACAAGGUGACGUUCAGGCUGUUCCAAGAACCCAGCUUAUAAGUGCUCCAAGUGUAUAUAAUUAUGUAUCUGACAAGGUCAAGGUCAGAAUGUGUGUUCCAGAUGCUGAACUUAUUAGUGCUUUCAGAUACACAUUGGGAUAUCUGUCAAAUUCAUAUACAUAACUGAAGUGUUUAUUUUUAGAGAAUUUUGUUUUUACUUAAUAUAUUUGACUUUUAUAGGAUGUUUACACUUUUCAGAUAAAAACAUAUGUUUUGCUUCCCAUUCUGUUAACAAAACUAGAAACAAAUAAUAAUGUUUUGUUUGGUUCUUCAGUAAUUUCUGGGUUUUUAAUUAUAUACAAUGACUGCUUUACCUACAGGAGAUUCUAGUUUCUAUCAUAGAUAGGUUGGACUGUAUUAUACAUAGAGAGAUUCAACAUUCCAUUUAUCAUUUGUCAUUAAAACCCGUCUUACUGUAUGGCUGUAAUUGUAUAUGAUUGAUACAUGCUUGUGAUGAUAACACAAUAAAACAGGUAAAGUACUCCAAUAGAUAGGGAUCUGCUGAAAACCUGUCAAACAUCCCGGACAUUUCUGUAGCUUAUAGGAAUGGAUCUACUGAGUCAGAGCCUGCCAAUUAAAGAUCCAAGAAAUUGGUAUAAAAUAAGACUGGAUCAGUAGAGUGUUGAAUCAUAGCAACAGAGCUCCAGUUGGAAAAGAUAAGAUGGGUUGUAUUGUCUCAAUGUUUUGUUAUGAGCAAUUUCACACACCAUUGGUUUAGAGAUGUUUUGUGUUUAUACCAA